ACCUUCAAAACCCACAACCACACUCUCUCUUUCCUCUCUCUCAAACCAUUUAUUUAUUUAGUCCAAAUACUCCCUCCUCUCUCUUCUCUCCUUUCCCUCUCUAUAUAGAAACAUCUAGGGUUUGCAACAGUGAAUCUUCCUCAGUUUCUGAAAAUAUCUUCUGAUUCUUAGAAGGCUAUGUAAAAUUCUUUGCAAAACAGAAAAAAGGUCAACAUCAAUCUUCUAGAAAGAUGGCUACUGAGAGUCCCAUUAGAAUGUUGGAAACAAGUGGAAAAUGGCCGUCUCCUAAGGAGACUGCAACCUUUGCACCAUCAUCCUCUAGCAUGGCUGCAGAAGAGUUGAGCUUGCUUCUGACGGACCAUAGGUUUUUUGGCAAUGGGAGGGAUGUUGCCCCUAAUCGAAGUGGGAGUGCUCCGCCAAGCAUGGAAGGUUCUUUUGCUGCCAUAGAAAACCUUAUGUCCCCACAGAACUCCAGCUUGAAUGCAAGGUAUGCAAAUCUAAACAGUUUAAUUGAAAACUGUGAGCCUGAGGAGCAGUUACGUGCUGACCCUGCUUAUUUAGCAUAUUACUGUUCCAAAAUCAACUUGAAUCCUAGACUUCCUCCACCUCUAAUCUCAUGGGAGAACAGGCGUCUGGUACGGCAUAUUGGUAGUUUUGGAAAUAGUCGGGGAUUAACUUCUUUAGAUGACAGUGGUGGCAGAUCGCUCCGUUUGUCUCAAGGUACCCUUUCUACCCACAAGGAAGAGUCUGAGGAUGACAGAUCACCUCAAAAACCUUCUGAUGAUUGGGAAGACCAAAGCAGUGCAUUCUGGUCUGGACAGGAUGCAGCUUUCCUGGCAGGCCAGCAUAGAAGUUCAGUCGAUUUGAUACAGGAUGAUUUCCCCAGAACUCCAUCGCCUGUAUAUAAUCAGUCUCGCUCCUUAAUACAUGGAUCACCAGGGAAAACAGUUGAACAUGAUGCAGAUAGCAGCUCCUUGCAUGAUUCCUCUGUCGGCACAUCAAAUUUAGUUGCAUCUACUCUGGUCACAGAUAAUUUGGGACCAUCAUCAAAUGCUAAUCCUGCAAUUGCCCCUGUAUCAAACUCAUUGUCUCUUGACGGUACUGGCAGCACACCUCCCUCACCAGCUCUUAUUGAACGAGAUGCCCACAAUUUAGAUGUCCAUUUAGAGGAUGAUGUCUUAAUUGGUGGUAUUACUGUUUCAGAUUUUGUCAGUACUGAAUCUAAAAUGAAGGAUAGUAAUACAUCUAGUCUGCCAAAUUCAGGGAACAAAAAAAACCAAGAAGAUUGGCACCACAACCGUCAGAAAAACUGGCUGCAACACCAGGUACAUCAACAACAGGGCAAUUCAUUUCAAGUUCAAGGUGCCAAGUCUCAAACGGUUUUUCAAGGAACAAACCAUUCAAACAUUAACAUGGAUCAAUAUCUCCAUGGUUCCUCCAAGUUUUCAACUGAGGCACAGCCUGUGCUUCAGUCAUCUGGAUUCACACCUCCACUCUAUGCAACUGCAGCAGCUUAUAUGACUUCAGCAAAUCCAUUUUACCCCAAUCUGCAACCUCCAGGUUUAUUUUCUCCACAGUACAGUUUUGGUGGAUUUGCUUUGAAUACUGCAGUUCUUCCUCCAUUUGUAGCUGGAUACCCUCCUCAUGGUGCUAUUCCCUUGGCUUUCGAUAACACUGUGGGCCCCAGCUUUAAUGCUCAAACUUCUGCUGUUUCAACCGGGGAAAGCAUCACCCAAGCAGUUGAUAUGCAACAUUUAAACAAGUUCUAUGGACAGCUUGGAUAUGCGCCACAGCCUUCUUUUGCUGAUCCUCUUUAUAUGCAAUACUUUCAACAGCCUUUUGGGGAUGUAUAUAGUGUUUCAGGUCAAUUUGAUCCACUGGUAUCUAGAGGUGGUGUUAUUGGGAGCCAGGUCAGUGCUUUUGAGACACACAGAGAGUCUGAUGUUGCUUCUUGCUCUGUUGACAAGAAACUCCAACAUCAGAGAAGUGGGGGCCUAACUAAUCUGAACCAUAGAAGAGGGGGCAUUGCAAGUCCUAAUUAUCAUGGAAGCCCAACAAACAUGGGUAUGUUGAUGCAAUUCCCAACCUCACCUCUUGCUAGUCCAGUUUUACCAAGAAGCCCAGCAGGUGUGACCUGUCUUCCUGGAGGGAGAAAUGAAAUAAGGUAUCCUCCUGGUUCUGGCAAAAAUGUAGGCAUAUUUUCUGGAUGGCAAGGUCAAAGAGGAUAUGAUGACCCAAAAACACAUUCUUUUCUUGAAGAGUUGAAAUCCGGAAAAGGUCGAAGAUUUGAGCUAUCUGAUAUUGCAGGGCAUAUUGUUGAAUUCAGUGCUGAUCAACAUGGAAGCCGCUUCAUUCAACAGAAAUUGGAAAAUUGUAGUGUUGAAGAGAAGGCAUCUGUAUUUAAAGAAGUACUCCCACAUGCUUCCAAAUUAAUGACUGAUGUUUUUGGUAACUAUGUUAUUCAAAAGUUUUUUGAACAUGGAAACCCUGAGCAGAGGAAGGAGCUGGCAAGUCAACUUGCAGGCCAGAUUUUGCCUUUAAGUUUGCAGAUGUAUGGUUGUCGUGUAAUUCAAAAGGCACUUGAUGUUAUUGAGCUUGAACAGAAAACACUUCUUGUCCGUGAGCUGGAUGGACAUGUUAUGAGAUGUGUCCGUGACCAAAAUGGAAAUCAUGUAAUACAGAAGUGCAUUGAGAGUGUUCCAACAGAGAAAAUUGGAUUCAUUAUCUCUGCUUUUCGUAGUCAUGUUGCAACACUUUCUACACAUCCUUAUGGUUGCCGUGUCAUUCAGAGAGUUCUAGAACAUUGUACGGAUGAAUUACAAAGCCAAUUUAUUGUGGAUGAGAUCCUGGAAUCUAUCUGUUCCCUUGCUCAGGAUCAGUAUGGCAAUUAUGUUACUCAGCAUGUAUUGGAGAGAGGGAAGCCUCAUGAAAGAAGCCAAAUUAUUAACAAGCUGAAAGGUCAUAUUGUACAACUGAGUCAGCAUAAAUUUGCAUCAAAUGUUGUUGAGAAAUGUUUGGAGUAUGGUGACGUUAAUGAACGGGGACUCUUGAUUGAGGAGAUCAUUGGCCAUAAUGAAGGGAAUGAUAAUUUAUUGAUAAUGAUGAAAGACCAAUUUGCUAAUUAUGUCAUUCAGAAGAUUCUUGACAUCUGUACUGAUAAUCAGCGGGAAUCAUUGUUUGUUCGUAUAAGAGUUCAUGCUCAUGCUUUGAAGAAAUACACUUACGGAAAACACAUUGUUUCUCGAUUUGAACAGCUAUUUGGAGAAGAAAUUGAGGCAUCGUGAUCAAGAUGAUGCGGAUGCAAUGGGAAUGCUCGGUUGAGUCCUGACAGUAGAGUCACAGCCAUGAAGGCGUUGCAGCUGGGUCUUCAAGGAGAUUGUCCUUUGACAUCAAUUUGUUAAAAUUGGUUCUAGAGAACAGAAGAAAAAAAAAAAAAAAAAAAAAAGAAAGAAAAAGAAGUGGAAAUUGGGAGCUUUUUGCUGGAAAAUUCUGUCAUAAAUAGUGGGGUUAAUGUUGUAAAGUAGUAAAUAUAUGUCUUGAGCAGUGUAUGCAUUGGUAUAGACCAUAUAUAUGUAUAGGUUAUGUUGUUAAGAUUGCAAAAUAUUUGGGAGGGAGGGGAGUUAUUGGUUAAGAAAUUCCCCUUGAAUCUUGAUUCUCUGGAAUUUGUCUUUUAUUCUGUGUUGUUAACCUUAGAAAACUAGAAAUUUCAGGGUGUUUGUGAAAUUCCCUCUUUAAAAGAUAA